AUGAAUAUAAUUAAGGUUGGUCUGAAGUUUAGUUCAAUUAAAUACCCUUCACUAGAUAUUCAUAAUUAUCAAUUAUAUAAAUAUCAUUCUGAUUAUGGGAAUUUGUUAAAAGGCUUAAAAAUAGGCACAUCUUUAAUGCCUAAUCAAUAUGAGAUUGUUCCAUCCAAACUUAAAGGAUUUUUGAUAGAUUAAUUAAAAGAAGAUCAAUAAAUAUUAAAAAAGCCUAAAGAAGUUUUAUUUGUUGGAAGAUCAAAUGUUGGAAAAUCAAGUUUAAUUAAUGCAAUAUUAGGAUAAAAAGUAGCUUUAACAUCUAGCAAAACUGUAAUUAAUAAUUGUAUAAUUUUAGGGUAGCACAUUAAGAUUAUAAUUUCAUAACAUUCAAAAAAUCAAUGGAUAUAUAGUUGAUAGUCCUGGUUAUGGUUUUUCUAAGAUAAAUGUUGAUGCAUAAAAAUAUAUGUAAGGAAUGAUAUACACUUACACUAAAUUAUCAUCAAGAUUGUCAAGAAUAUAUGUACUUAUUGAUAUUGAACAUGGUAUUAAAGAUAAAGAUAAAGUUAUGCUUAAUAUGUUGUAAGAAUAAAAUGUUAACAUUUAAAUUGUAUUAACAAAAUGUGAUAAAAUAAAAGAAAGAAUGCUUUAUGAUAGAUAAUUAUAUCUAGCUAGAGAAAUUAAAUAAUUUAAAAAUAUUCAUCCAAUCAUUCACACAGUAAGCACAUUAGAUAAUUUUGGAAUUAAUGAUAUCUAAUAUUCACUUAUUGACUCAUUUUUUGUUCAUUAAAGCAGAAGUUUAUUAAAUAUGGAAGACCGAUUAAUUAAACUUAUAUAAGCUAGAAAUAGACCUUAAAAAUUAGACUUAAAUAAACUAACCAAAUAAUUUAAAAAAGGUUUAUAAUUGCCAUCAAAUGAAAAUAGUCUAACACAUACAAAAAAGCCUAAACAUUAACUCUCUUGA